CAUAAAUAUCACGCCUUACAUUUUACUUUCAUUUUAACCAAAGCCAUAUGAGGACUCAAAUCAGCAACUGAAGUGUUGAGAUUGUGAAGGUGAAAACAUGUCGUUCAAGUCAGGAAUGGAACUGAAGAUCAGAGGUGUCCCAAAACCCGAUCCGAUUCGUUUCACGAUCGAUGUGGGCCACGCUGAGAAUGAUGUUGCGCUGCACUUUGACUUCCGCUUCAAUUAUUUUGGUGAACUACGCACCAUCGUCAUGAACAGUCUUGAGCAAGGUUCGUGGAAAGAGGAACAAAGAGAGAAAAACUUCCCCUUUGAGGCAGGCCAGGAGUUUGAGAUCACCAUUUCCUUCACCAACGAAAAAUUUUACAUUAAUCUCCAUAAUGGAAAAAUGAUCGAGUUCCCCAACCGUAUGUGUGAUAACCACUAUGAAUUCCUUUCAAUGGUUGGAGACGUCAUGGUCAACAGGAUUAUAAUGCAAUAAAGGCUCAGGCAUUCCCUUUCUGGGCUGCUGAUUGGCUGCUCUGCUUUCUGCUUCCUGUGAAAACGUAUUGAGUAUGAGAAUCAUUCCAGUUUUAAUAAUAAAUGCCUAGCUUAUCAUGG